AUGAGACGAAUGACUCCGACUGACCGAAGCUCAGCGUGCGGUCACGAGACGUCCCGUUGUUAUGUAGAUGGUGGAGGAGAUGGGUUUGGAAGCCCCCCUCUCUCCAAGAGAUGCCGAGAUAAGAUACCUCGAGUGAAAGUAUUUUAUUUGAAUAUCAUAGGAUCCGGAUCAAUUAGAUGGCUUCAUAAUCAUCUUCAUUGGAUUAGCAUACAAAGGGAUGAGAUGGUCCGGGAGUCCUAUCUGUCAUUAGCGGUGGCACUCAGUCCCACGGUCCCAGGAGCGAUUGAUCCGACAUGUGCCCCGACAUUCCCCACAAAUUCCACCGAGAGACGAAGCUGCUGGCAGCAACAAGUCCCCCAUAGAGUAGACAAAGAGCCGCUGUACAAAAGCUGGCCCCCCCAACCUCACCUCCCCCCCGUGUCCAGUCUCCCUCCCACCAUGUCCAGCCCCCCUGACCACCUGACCCCAUUUCUCUCAAUAGUAGGAAAGAGACGAUGUGGGAACCCAAAACACGAGAUGGAUGGAUGGAUUCAACUGGCUAGAGCGCGGCAUGCAUAUAACUGGAAAGUAAUAGGCCAAUAUGAAGAACAAUAG